UGGAUAUCGUACAUGGUAGACCAAGCACCCCCCUCGGACCCAAUCAUGAACGCGCGAGUGCGUGAGUGGGAGCCAAAGGAACACCGGCCGACAUUGACUUGGAGCCGAUCGGCAUACAGACCCUACAGCACGACGAAGAACAAGUACGCGCCGUGGGUACCCGUUGCGAAGGCGCGUCAGUAGAGAAUCAGAAGCGGAAUUGCGCUAGAGUGUGUAUAUACAUGAUGGGUUCCAGCAAUGAAACAUCACAUGGGCGGCCGGUCCAUGAUCUCCUUUGUGCCCGCCGGUUCCGUCCAAGGUGCUCUGUGCGGAUUGCUGCUCGCGUGCUUGCAUUGGAUCGCUCCAGCGACGUAUAAUGGGCCUGGGGGAGCACAUGGCUAUUAUGGCCCGUUUCUGAUUUCACGCACGAUGCCGCAUCGGAGCGAAUGCAAAGCAGGGGGUUGUAAUCUGGGAGGCUGCACAAUACGACAAAGCGGCAUGGGGAAUGCAGCUUCCCCGCAAUCCCGAGCGCUGCGCAUUGCACAGGUCAGCCUCCAGGGUCGUAAUCCGUAUCUAUAACGACAGAGCGCAUCGAGGUUCCGCCGAAUGGCAAACCGGGCGUCAUGGGAAGAUGGACGGGGCCAGCAGUUGGAAUGGGGACGCCUUCAUCGCCCAGCCAUCAACCGACUUGUUGGACAAGAAGAGACAGGACCCAUCCCAUGAAACGGAAGCUUCUCGUCUGCCGCUUCCCACGUCCAGCAAACUCGGCGCUCGCAUUCCUAUCGGACCAGCCGGGCUAUGUGCCGUGCUGCUGCCGUGCGGGUGAGGUGACUCACUAAAAGCUGACGGCCGGGGAGCACAAGAAUCCGAAGUUUGCAGAGAUGCUCUUCUGCGCGCGCCCGGCCAGUUUGUCUCCAACCUGUGCAGAGUCAGCUGCCGCGCUUUCAAACGCAGCGAAGUGGGACGACGCAAUACGUAGAAGACGAGUAUCGUAAGUAGAUUCGAUGCUACUCACGGCCUGCUAUCUAUCGAAGUUGUUGGAUGCAUGCAUAUGGAUAUGGUGCUGGAAAGGUG